UUAUUAUUUAUCAUCUUUAAAUAUUUAUAUCAUGUAUUAACAAACCAUUUUACUGCUCUCACUCCUUUAAAAACCAUUUCACCAACUCCACCUCCUCCUUCUCUAUAAGUCACCGUUUCACAACAAAGUUUGAUACUUUGAUAUUGGGUUUGUUUGGGAGAGAGAAAUUAUCAUCAACGAUGUUUAGGAGAGAUCCUGAAAGUUGUAGUGUGGGGACACGAAACAUAACAGGGGAUAAAGAGAACAUUCAAAGGAAUUCAUGGCUUGUACCUUCUUUUCUGUUAGUUAAUCUUUUUGUUUUCAUUGUUGCAAUGGGAAUCAAUAAUUGUCCUAAGAACAAUCUUGGUUUCCAAGGUGACUGUGUUGCUACGUUCCUUCGAAGGUUCUCUUUCCAGCCUUUUCGGGAGAAUCCAUUGCUUGGUCCUUCUUCCUCAACAUUAACUAAGAUGGGAGCUCUUAAAUGGGAUAAUAUUGUGCACAAGCAUGAGGGAUGGAGACUUGUCACUAGCAUUUGGUUACAUGCUGGAAUAAUUCAUUUUCUAUUCAAUAUGUGUAGCUUAGUCUUCAUCGGCAUUCGCCUCGAACAACAAUUCGGAUUUCUGAGGAUUGGAAUGAUAUAUCUAUUGUCUGGAUUUGGUGGGAGUGUACUAUCUUCUCUUUUUCUUAGAAAUAGUGUCUCUGUUGGUGCUUCUGGUGCUCUUUUUGGACUCUAUGGAGGAAUGUUGUCAGAACUUGUUACAAACUGGACUAUUUAUUCAAAUAAAGCAGUGGCUUUGCUCACCCUUCUGUCUUUCAUUAUCUUCAACCUUGCGAUUAGCAUUUUUCCGCACGUCGAUAACUUUGUUCACAUUGGAGGAUUUGUGGUAGGAUUUCUCCUUGGUUUCAUUUUGCUGCGUCGUCCGCAGGAUGUUUGGAUAGAGCAACAAUGUCUUCCUUGCGGUAUUCACCUCGGGUCAAAAUACAAUGUUUACCAACAUGUUCUAUUUGUCUUUUUGAUUCUCUUGAUUGUUGGGCUAUCGAUUGCAUUGGUGAUGCUAUUCAAGGGUGAGAAUGGAUAUGAUCACUGCCAUUGGUGUCAUUACCUAACAUGUGUGCCAACUUCCAUAUGGAGUUGCAAUGAUAGUGACUCUUAAACGUAGAGGGCUUAUAGUUUUCAUUAGGAAUUUAUUUUCUUCUAUGUUAUGUGUAUAGCCAUAACUCUUAGAAACCGAGAAUUUAUUUUACGUCUACUUUCGUUUUCGUUUGUUUUUCAAUUGGGUUGUCUUUGUGGAUUUAUAUCUACUUAAUUAUAAAAAAUAUAUACACAUGGUAUAUAGCAUAUAUU